GGUUCCUUCACAGUGCCAAUAAAACGAAAAAUAGUCGAUGGCGCACCUCAUGGACACUCAAAUCACGACGAACAAACCGACCUUCUGAACCCAUCGGUUGAUGUAUUGAGACCCCGAUACAUCGUGAUCAGGUGAUUUCUUCUACAAUGGACUCUUCCACAGACGGUCUCGCUUCUGUUGUCGCGGAGCAUUCUGAAUCAGACUGGAGACAAACGAACGAUCGCGAAGACCCAGCGAUACGCGCCCUUGCGACCAAUGGUUCGAAUGACUGCAAAAAAGGCGCCGCAGCUGACGAAAAUGUCGAAAUCACCACUGAGACACCCCAUGGGACGAAGCGGCCAGCAGUAGACCCGGCUGAAGGUGUCCAAGAACCUCCCUUAUCCAAAAACCAACAGCGCAAAUUGAAACGUCAAAAGCUAUGGGAGGAGAAGAGGGGGGAACGUGCUGAAAAGCGCAAAGAAAAACGACACAACAAGCAGGAGCAGAAGCGGCAGGAAAAGGAGGCGGGUAUCCGUUCCACAGAAGAAGGGGAGAAACGAACGCGCGAUCCUAAGAAACAGACCAAGGUUCCCGUGGCCAUUAUUAUCGAUUGUCAAUACGAAAGCUACAUGACCGAAAAGGAGAUGAUAUCUCUGAGCAGCCAAGUAACCAGAUGCUACUCGGACAACCGGUCGGCUCAAUUCCCGGUACACUUGUACAUCAGCAGCUACGGAGGGGCCAUGAAGAGCCGUCAUGAGACGGUGCUUCAUGGCCAGGUCAACAAGUGGAAGGGUAUCCACUUUGUUCAGCCCGACUUUGUUGAAACUGCUAGGCAGGUGCAGGGCGUAAUGUCUGGUCAGAACGGGGGCAAAAUCACUGAAGUGUUGCAAGCAGGGGAGGACAGAACCAAUGCGGUCUCUCUGGCGAAACCAGAUCCGAGCAACAAGAAGUACAAAAAGGGCUUGCUACCGAUGCCAGAACUGGAACCCGAUGACGUCGACAAAUCCAUUGUGUACCUGACGGCAGAUUCACCAUAUAUCCUUGAACACCUCGAGCCAAAUGUCUCGUACGUCGUAGGUGGUAUCAUUGACCGCAAUCGCGAAAAGGGGCUUUGCUACAAGGUCGCGCGGGAACGAAAUGUGCGAACGGCAAAGCUGCCAAUCGGAGAGUACAUGGUUCUACAAGACAGGCACGUACUCGCUACCAAUCACGUCGUGGAGAUCAUGCUGCGGUGGCUUGAGCUAGGCGACUGGGGUGAGGCGUUCAUGAAGGUUAUCCCACAGCGAAAAGGAGGAAAGCUGAAGCAUGAAGGGAGUGUAGCCUCGGAAGCUGGAGAGGGUGAUGCGAAGUACCAGGAAGGGGAAGGUUCAGAUGCCACGGGCCAGGAAGCGGGCGACCCAACAAGUGGCGAUGCUGCGAUGAAAGAGACACCGGACGAAGCUGCAGUGGGGGAUGCUGAAGUGAAGAAUGCAGCAGAAGCUGUAGCAGGACAAGUGGAUAGCAGUACAGAGCCAGUCGCAUAUGUACCCAGUUCAGAAUAGUCAGUUCAGAUCGCGAUGACUCUGAAAGAAUGGCAUUGGGACCAUUCGUAAAGGCCCAGCAUCAAGUUGAGAAUGCUAUUCACGAUUAAAGCUAAAGCAGAUACUAAAAUUUCAAGACACAGAAUUGUUAGAAAAGAG